AUGGGACGAGAAGCAAUCUGGACAGGUUUGAUUCUUCUGCUGUUGCUUCAAUACAGCUCCGCUGCUAAGCUGGUCUGCUAUUUCACCAACUGGUCCCAAUAUAGGUCUGGCCAGGCAGCCUUCCUCCCCAAGGAUGUGGACCCCUUCCUUUGCACUCAUCUCAUCUAUGCCUUUGCUGACAUGAAGGAUCACCAGCUCACCACAUUUGAUCCAAAUGAUGUGCAGUUUUACAAGGAUUUGAAUGGUCUGAAAAGCAGGAAUCCGAACCUGAAAAUCCUGCUGGCCAUUGGAGGCUGGAAUUUUGGCACUAAGAAGUUCACAGACAUGGUAGCCAGCCCUGAAACCCUCCAGAUUUUUAUCCAGUCAGUCAUCCGCUUCCUGCAUCAAUAUGGUUUUGAUGGCUUUGACCUUGACUGGGAGUACCCAGGCAGCCGGGGGAGUCCUGCUGUAGACAAAGAACGAUUCACAGCUCUGGUAGAGGGCCUGCACAAUGCCUUCCUCCAGGAAAGUAAGAAGUCAGGGAAGAAUCGACUCCUUCUGAGUGCGGCGGUUCCUGCAACUCGGUACUAUGCGGAUCCAGGCUAUGAGAUCCAGAAAAUUUCCCAGUCUCUAGAUUUCAUCAACCUCAUGACCUAUGACUUUCAUGGCACUUGGGAAAGGAUUACUGGUCACAACAGCCCCUUGUACAAGAGGCAGGCAGAGAAAGGAGGAGCCGCUGAAGCUAAUAUCGAUUUUGCUGUGAACUAUUGGCUGGAGAAGGGGGCCCCAUCAAACAAAGUGAUUUUGGGCAUGCCUACCUACGGACACAGUUUUACCCUUUCCUCCCUUUCAGACACAGGGUUAGGGGCCUCAGCUUCUGGGGCUGGGACUCCUGGCCCCUUCACAAAAGAGGGAGGCUUGUUGGCUUUCUAUGAGGUAUGCACCUUGAAGGAUGCUACUUUCCACAUGAUAGAAGAGCAAAAAGUGCCUUAUGCUGUCCAAGGCAACCAGUGGGUUGGCUUUGAUAAUGUGGAGAGCUUCAAAACUAAGGUUGCAUACCUGAAGCAGAAGGGCCUAGGUGGGGCCAUGGUCUGGACCAUAGACAUGGAUGACUUUAAGGGCACCUUCUGCAACCAGGGCCCAUACCCCCUCAUCCAGACACUGAAGAAGGAGUUGGGCAUCUCAUCUGCAAGUGAGAGCCCCACUCCAUAUCAGCCCUCCAAGCCCACUCCAAAUUGGCCCUCCAAGCGCACUCCAACCCAGCCCUCCAAGCCUUCUCCAGGAGGAAAUGCCUUCUGCCAGGACAAAGAGAAUGGCCUCUACCCCAACCCUGAGAACAAUGGCGCCUUCUACCACUGUGUGGGGAAGCAGACAUUCAGACUCUCCUGCCCUGCGGGCCUGGUGUUUGACGAUUCCUGCAAGUGCUGCAAUCGGCCUUAG